CGACAGCCCCGCACGGGGCGGAGCGGGGGCUUGACCGGGGCUCGGCGCAGGCGCAGUCAGCGCGGGUCCUGCCGCGUUGACUGAGAGCGGCGGCGGCCAUGGACGACGAGGAGGAGACGUACCGGCUGUGGAAGAUCCGCAAGACCAUCAUGCAGCUGUGCCAUGACCGUGGCUACCUGGUGACCCAGGAUGAGCUGGACCAGACACUGGAAGAGUUCAAGGCCCAGUUUGGGGACAAGCCGAGUGAGGGGCGGCCACGGCGCACAGACCUCACAGUGCUGGUGGCCCACAACGAUGACCCCACUGACCAGAUGUUCGUCUUCUUCCCAGAGGAGCCGAAAGUGGGAAUCAAGACCAUCAAGGUGUACUGCCAGCGGAUGCAGGAGGAGAACAUCACCCGGGCCCUCAUCGUGGUGCAGCAGGGCAUGACCCCCUCCGCCAAGCAGUCUCUGGUCGACAUGGCCCCCAAGUACAUCCUGGAGCAGUUUCUGCAGCAAGAGCUACUCAUUAACAUCACGGAGCACGAGCUGGUCCCAGAGCACGUCGUCAUGACCAAGGAGGAGGUGACAGAGCUGCUGGCCCGGUAUAAACUGCGAGAGAACCAGCUGCCCAGGAUCCAGGCCGGAGACCCGGUGGCACGCUACUUUGGGAUAAAGCGAGGGCAGGUGGUAAAGAUCAUCCGGCCCAGCGAGACUGCGGGCAGGUACAUCACCUACCGGCUGGUGCAGUAGUGGCCCGGCGCGCGGGUGAGACACAGCUCGCAGCCUGGAGACAGAUGGGGCUGUGGCUACCCCACCCCCCAGGAACUGUACCACUGCUGCUCUGGACCCCGGGGUGGCCUCACCUGGAUGCCGAGUCCCACCCUGGACCCUGCAUGAGCAUGCCUCUGGAGGGGACAGGACGCCACAGGGUGGCCCGCGGCAGCUGGUGACCCACAGCAGUCCUGGCUCAAGUCUCUGGCCAGCCCCCUCCACGGUGCUGUCGCCGGGCCCCACCGGGGUGGCCCCAAGGCUGGCUGUGAGCACACCCGGGGCCGCAGGGAGGGAGUUGCUAUUUGAUGCCAGGUGUUUUAAAAAUUAAAUGUAUUUGAGUGAA